AUGAAUUAUCAAAUAGCCACCCUCAGGCUCGCUGUUGCUCUUGGUUCGAUCAGUCUAGCUGCCGGCCAUGGGGUAGUAACAGGCAUUGUAGCUGGCGGUACAUACUACACAGGCUACGAGCCCUUAUCCCCAGUUCCCAACAUAGCCAGCUGGUCCACCCCCUUAAACCUCGAGCACGGCUUUGUUCCCUCCUCCAACUUCACCACUCCAGACAUCAUCUGCCAUGCAGGCGCGACACCAGGCCAAAACUCCAUUUCCGUAAAAUCCGGCGAAAGCCUAACACUGCAAUGGAGCGCUCCCUGGGUAGGUGGACACCACGGCCCCGUCAUGAGUUACCUCGCAAAUUGUAACGGCUCUUGCUCCUCCCUCCCGGACAAGACCGCGUUGAAAUUCUUCAAAAUCGAAGACGCCGGAAUUAUUGAAAGGACUCCGUUUCCAGCGUACUACGCUGCGGAUGAGCUGAGAGAUCACAAUAGUUCCUGGACGGUGUGGAUCCCACCGACGCUGAAGAGCGGGAAUUAUGUGCUGAGACAUGAAAUCAUUGCGCUGCAUGUGGCAGAGGAUCUAGGGGGUGCCCAGGCGUAUCCGCAGUGUAUUAAUCUGAAUGUGGCCGGGACGGGGAGCGAUAAUCCGGUGGGGCAGAGCGCGGAGACGUUGUAUAAGGAGACGGACCCGGGGAUUCUGAUUGAUAUAUGGCAGUUUGGAAAUGCUACCUAUAUUAUCCCGGGACCGGCAGUGUGGUCUGGUGCUGUGCAGCAUGCGCAGCCUGCAGUCAAUAGAUAG